CAGCUAUGUACGUGUACUAAACAGGGUGCAAGUCAAUUAGUAAAUCAAGUGAGUGAAAGCCGCUUCCGGUCACUCGGAAGUGUCAAGAUGGAUGUAGAAGAAGUUGAAGAGGAAGAAGUGAAACGUAAGCGUCAUUAUCACCGAAGAAAGAAGAGAAAGAAGUACGUCGAAGAGAAAUAUAACUACGAAGAAAUAGAUGGUGUGUUAAAAAAGUCCUUGAAUGUAGCUUCUCAAAAGUAUCUCGAACUGAUUGUGGGUGAGCACGUGACCAGCGAGAAACCCUGGAAAUUCAUUACGAAAGAACGACUCGAAGACGACCUCGAACUUCACGAAGAGACGACAGAACUUGAAGACAUCAGAGAAGACAUCGUUAACUAUCCGGGCACAGAGUUACUGAUAGGAUAUGUUCCCGCAGAAGGAACCGAAGUUGACGAGUUCUACUUUUGUCUUACAGAAGCGGCUGCCAACAAAGUUACAGACAUAAUCGCUCAGCUACAAGAACAGCGCGCCGCACGUCUUCAAAACACCGUAGAACGCAUAGCAGGGAGAUGGUCGUCUUUGGGAAGCGAGGCGGAAGUGGAAGAGCUAAUGAACAAAUGCAACAGACCCCUUAUAGAAGUUGAACUCGAAACCCAGUAUCCAAUAAUUUCACCAAAUGUUUAUUUUAAAUUGCGUCGCGUGGAAGACGCCCGGGACGGUUACGCAGAAAUGUUAUGCAGACGGUACACCUACAACAACAUAACGAAGAAGAGGGUCGAUUCUAGCAUUCAAUCCGCACCUUCAAUUGUGAAUCGUGCCAUACAAACCGUCUUCACCUACCCCAAGAAUGCCUGGACGCAAUAUAGUUACAUGUUCGACGUUCCUGCAUACGAACCAAAAAAGAUGAGACGUUACAUUGAACGUUUGUAUGCGGAAACUAUAAGCCCAUUAGAGGAAGAUUUACUGAUCAAUUCCACUAUCAAUCUGUACAGGAACGAUUACCAAAAAUUGGUCAAUAAUCCAAAAGCUUUUUCUCCACCUCCUCCCAGAUGUUACAAGGAGUUAGUUUCGUUGCACGAUGUAUACAUGUCAAAAAAUAAAGUUGUUGGUUAUGUAAUGUGGCACCCCAUGUGGACCGGCAUUAUCGCCUUUUCUUACGCAAACAUCGCCAUAAAUGUAACUAAAUCCGGCCCAUCAAACUUGGACGAAGUUUCCAGGGCCAUUUACGAAAACAACGUGGUGUUGCUUUGGAGUACUAAAGACACUUUAAAACCCAGACUCCUUCUGGAAUCGCCGAAGGAUGUCACCAUGCUCAACUUCUGUCCGUUCAAUGAAAAUAUACUUGUUGGUGGUUGCUCUAAUGGUCAAAUAAUCGUAUGGGACAUCACCAACAAACUAAAGGAAGUGGAAGAAGUGGAAGUUUUAACUAUCUACCAGCAGAACUACCGAAAAAUAAUGUACGACAUGAUGGACUGGAUGAAGAUGACAAAAGAUGCGUAUAGAAUUCGGCCAGUUGCUGUUUCCAAUAUCACUCAUAGUCAUUCCAAUACUGUUACGUCCAUCGAAUGGAUGUAUCCCCAGUUUGCCAUGAAUAAAAUGGGUCAUAUCGAAACACUGGAAGAAGACACGUCUUUACAAUUCAUUACGGGAUCAUUGGAUGGUUAUAUCAUGUUUUGGGAUUUAUUGGCUGUACCCACAUUGGUCCCAGGAAGCGUCAGACCGCCCCGAAAGCUGAAGCGACUUCAGAAACGUCCGAGCGCCCUGACGAUGGACGUAUCGCCGUUCAAGAUCCUGAAUAGGGUCUUGAAACCUUUCUACAAAAUCAAGUUGCAGCUGACACCAGACGAAAUCAGACCUUUUCCUGUCACGAGUUUUGCCUACAGACUAGUCAAAAUGCUAUACAAGCAGAAAGAUCCAAAUCCUGAUAAAAAAAUGGAUCUCAUGAACGACAGGUUGUAUUUUUAUCCUGAGUUAAGACCGCCAGCUGACCCCUUGACCAAUGAAAUAUAUGCAGCCACUUUAGAAGGGGACGUGGUUCAUUUAUCUUGGGAAGGUUACAAAUACAGCACCGGCGAAAUAGUAACAAGUGAAGUAGGAACCACCAUCAACUUCGCAAAAUACCAUGACGGUCCUGUAGUAAGUCUUGAGCAAAACCAUACGUUCAAAGACGUUUACCUUUCUGUUGGAGGUAAAGUUUUCGCAGUGUGGAAAAAAGGAUUCAAUGACCAACCGGUUUUCUGGAGGAGAUCAAAAUCAAGAUAUACUUCCGGAAUCUGGAUGAAAGCUAUGAGUUCGCACAUAAUUUUGGUUAACGAAAAUGGCGUCAAAGAUAUCUGGAACAUUGACCUACGCAGUUCCUCUCCCAUAUGGUCGGAAAGAACAUACAACGUUCCCAUUCUACAAACUGUUACGCAUCCGUUCCCGUUCAAAACGAACAUCUUGGCUCUCUCGACUGGCAGUGCAUCUGUCAACAUUUUUUUAUACAACACAAGUCUAGGAUCUUCUCCAGCAAAAAGCAUAAAAGGAUUCAAAAAUUUAAUAGAUCGAGAGAUAAAAAGAAAGACAUUAUUCAGAGAAUGGCAAAAAAUGUGGGAAGUAACACAUCCUGAAAGAGUAGCGCAUGUUAUCGAGGUCGAAAACGGCAGAAAACGGUUAUUUCAGCAGCAACAACGAAAAGGUGGAGCGGUACAGGAAGAAGAAAUUGUCGAAGAGAAAACAGAGGAAAAAGUGGAAGAGGAGCCUAAACCAGAAAAGGAACAGCGCUUAACAGCCGAACAACUCCAGCAACAGUGGAAGGAAAAAGAAAAGGACAGGAUGAUCAAAAUAAUGCUAUCACUAAAACAGAUGAACCCUGAACUCCUGCAGCAACAACAGAUUCCUCUCAAAAAGCUAGAAGAGGAAAUAGCAAAGAAGAACGAAAAAAAAGAAGACUAUCGCGGACAAGCGGAAGAAGUGUUCAAUAAAGCUGUUGCAAUGAAUUUCCCGGAAGCAAUUCGACCAAAGACACCCCCACCACCAGAUCCAUACGCAGGAGGCGAUAUGGACAAAGAAGAAUUAGACAACUGUGUCCAGCAAUACGAAAAAUUAUCGGAGGAACUGACCAAGUCCAUCAAGCCGCACAUUUACAAAUUUAACUGGACCAACUUGCUGGAUUAUGGACGAAAUAUACGAAAAUAUUUGGAUGUGGAACUUUCGGAUGAACAAGAGGGUCAUAGGGCACGAUUUGAAAAGUAUAAAAUGAGCAGAUUGAAAGAAAAUGUCAUUGGAAAGUUAGAGAAAGCUCGGGCGAGGAAGAUGAAAAAAGUCAUCAGAUAUGUUACAACAGAAGACGGAGAAGAAGAGGAAGAAGAAGUCGAAGAAGAAAUAAUCGAAGAAGAUGUUAAUGAAGAUGAAUUGGACGUCGACGAAACGGUAGAAGAAACAAUAGAUACGGAAACAUCUGAAGCAUAAUAUAUACAUAUUAUAUCUAUAAGGCAUGUGCCCAUUAUU